AUGCGAGUCAAAUCAAAGGACCAUCGCGUCGCUUUGACCGCCUCUUUUGAUGAUGACGACAGUGUCGAAUCUUGUGAAAAUAACGAUGUCGAUACCCUAUACCCCGACUUGUUGAUUCCUACAGAUAAUACGGAAGGGGAUCUUGAAGAAGAUUGGGAACCACCUCUGGAACUUCACAGUGCCACCGACCUCCACCUUAACCCUAACCCCUUCGCGUCUCCAUCUCACCCGCGACCCAUCACUGCCUCCUCGGCCACCACCGUGGCAACCCCAACCAACCUCGAAUCACCCGAACCAGCUUCUACCAGUGGGGCUCGCGCCACCUCCACCCUCAAAUCCUGA